GUUAGACAUCUUGAGUUGACAACCAAAUAAGCCCGUUUUUCUUUGGACGACAACCACCGAAACACUUUUUCCAGCCCUGGCUAAGCCGGGAAGGAGCAGAGGCGGAAAGAAUGAAACAAUACCAUCAAAUCGUGAGUAUACGGUCAGGAAACAAAGCUGCUCUAAUAAAAACGCCAGGUGCCGACACCGGCGCUGCGUCCGAUGGAAACAAUGCACCGCCGGCUUCAGUGGCAGUUCGGGGAAGGUCGCGGCCAAACCGCGUCUAUAUGACGGGCUCGGCGCGGCGCUGUUCAGUCGGCUGGCGACGGCACCGCGAGCAGGACCAACCAUGACGUCAUCAGUGGCCGCCGCCGGUCGGCUGGCCCUUCUUCUCACAGUGAGCUGCUCACUGCUGCCUGCCCACGGCCAGUACCGGGACUGGAACGCAGUGGCCGACUACUCUGCGCCGUCCAGCUACAGCUCAAACUCGGGGUACGACUAUUACGACAGCCGCGGGUCGAGCUCGCCGGCCCGGCAGAACAAGCGCGGGUACAACGACUACGGCAGCUGGGACUACGGCUCAGACGGUGACAGCGACUACAGCUACGACGGUUGGACCACGGAGGAGCCCACCACGCCCCCGACCCGUCCGACGCGGCCCACGCCCACCACGCCCACCACGCCGACCACGCCCACAACACCCACCACGCGUCCCACGCGGCCCACGCGCCCCACCCGGCCGACGCGGCCCACCCGGCCCACCCGGCCGUUUGGCCGCCGCGGCGGGCCGGGCCGGCGUGGUCCCCCGGGGGGCCGGCGGGGCGGUCCGUUCCAGCGCGGAGGGCCUGGACCGAACGGCCGCCGAUCGCCGCCCCGGGACAACCAGUUCCAGUACCGGCAGGACGUCCAGCGACGGCGGGACUACCCGCGGCGCGGCGGCCGGCAGGAGCGACCCGUCCACCGCACCGGCCGCCAGUACGUGCUCUAGGAGCGGACGGAACGAGAAGACAUCUCACAUCCCUGAACGGGAUAUCGACUGAACUUCCCAACUGGACUGAGUAACACUAAAUGAACUGAGCAACAAGGCUGAUGACUGUAACAAUACUGUAAAAGAUUUAUUUGUGUAAUAAACAGCACAAUAAAACACUAACGUUUCAC